AUGGACAACUCAGCAUUUGAAAUGCAUGAAGAUGCAGCACAGAAUGCUUUUUCUAUGGGGAAGAUGACCACCAUCUCCAGAAUGGAGAAGAAGAGGCAGUGGUCACUGGUGAGCAUUUUCCUGGUGUGUCUCUUGGCCUGUACCAUCACCACAGCAGUAGGAGUACUGAUACUUUCCUUGGUUUAUGUUCACAACUCUCAGCCACAUUCACAAGUCCAUCUAGGACUCGAAGCCCGGCCUCUGCAAACAACGGUUCCCAUCGUGCAAAAGGCUGUUGAUCCAAAAUUCCAGUUUCUUAAUCAUUUGCCUAAAUCCAAGGUGUUUGAAUUCCCUGGUGGUGCAAUCCAGUGGGCCCGGUACAGGAACAAUGUCAAAGACUACCUCAGCAUUGAAGAAGAGGCCUUUGGCAGCAGCUUGAACAGUCAGAGAUCACAGAUGACCCUGGGGACUCUGAGAAUAAAAAGCAAUGGCCUCCGGGCCCCUCACUGGCACUUCAAUGCUAAUGAACAUGGCUACCUUGUACAGGGCUCGGCAUGGAUUGGGGUGGUUGAUGAUGGUGGUGUAGUUACUACAUACAAUGUUACAAGUGGCCAAGUGAUCUUCUUCCCUAAAAAUACUCUCCACUGGAUAAAGAAUGUGGGGAAUGAAGACUGCUUUUUCUUGCUCUUCUUUUCCACACAUGAUGAACUUCACACCCUGGAUGUUGAUGAUGUGUUUUUUUCUGUACCUGAAGACAUUGCUUCCAGGUCACUUAAGCCUGAAGGUGGAAUUAAUUUCAUUAGAACAUUCCAGAAGCAACAAGAGGAUCAGGCGGUCAAUCUUCCUCCCAACUUGGCAGAACUGGUUACAAAUCCUAGUUAUGUACAGUCUCCAGACAGUCUUGUGUGGAAAUAUUUUUAUGACCUUAAAGGUUCAAAAGAAUAUCAAUUUCCAGGAGGAGUAAUACAACUGGCACAAUACUGGAAAAAUGGAAGUGAACUAAGCAGCCAUGAAAAAAUUUUUAGUGAAUUCCUGAAUCAGCAUCAGAAUGCUCUCACUUUGAGUACACUCAGAAUUUAUAACAAUGGAUUACGACAGCCACAUUUUCAUUUUAAUGCAAAUGAAAUGGGAUAUGUAAUAAGUGGAUGUGCAAAGGUGGGCAUUAUUAAUACUCAGGGUAUCAUAGAGUUUGAUGUUCACAUCGGAGAUGUGGUAUUUUUCCCCACUGGAACCCAACAUUACAUUAAGAGCUCAUGUGAUGAGGAUUUGCUUUUCCUUCUUGCCUUCAGCACCGGAGACCAGUUGCAAACCCUUGACAUGGACGAUUAUCUCCAGGCCACAGCAGACCACAUCCUGGCCCAACUUUUCUUCAAGAAGCAAAGUGAGUUUAAGAAGAUCCCCAAAUUCAAGGAGGACCAGGCAAUCAACCUGCCGUAG